AAGCCGCCACCAUCAGCGGCUUGCACGCCACUGAGAUCCUGCGGCCAACGUUGGCAAGCCACAACGGCAAGGCAUCCACGUAUCGAGAAUUUCGUACAGCCUAGCGUGGUACAAGCAGAGUGUGACUGGGCAUUUGUGCACCCGAGGAGAAGAAGGUCAAGGACCAGCAGUUCACAUGGCAUUUAGGCGUCGGGAGUGUUGGAAUUGAGGGGAUGUUCCCGAGGGAAAUGGGGGAGGUAUAUGCACAGUGCUACCCUGUACCUUGUAGCAUCCCGGACAUCGUUCCACAGGGGAACAGCCAAUAUGGUUCUGUGAAACUUGCAUGGAAGCCAUGUCUACAGUGCGGGAUCGGCCCUAUGUCCCUGGCCAAGAGGUACAGGCGCAGGAGAGUUUCCACAUCCGAAGUUCUGGGCGUGGCAGCCAAGAACAGUCUGGAUCUGGCGGGAGAGGGGAUGGGGACCAACGGGAGAAAACGGUCUGGAAAGUCGGCCAGAAGGAGGCUGAUCACGAGCAAAUUUAUUGAACAUGGGCCUUCAAGCCAUGCCACGCAAUGAUACGCACAGAAGUCCGAUCUGAUGCGGAGGGAAAGCUA